AUGGAUAUUGAAGAUAUCACUACUGAACAUGAAAGACCAGAAAAUACCACAGGUGUAUUAGUCAAAGCAAGAUUUAAAAAUAAAAAACAACCUAUGUAUGAAGAUUUAUGUUUAAGCAGUAGUGUGCCUGAGAAAUAUCGUGUUUUUGUACAAACAUGGGGAUGUGCACACAAUACUAGUGAUAGUGAAUACAUGACUGGAUUACUAGCUAAGUAUGGUUAUCAAGUAACACUAGGCGGGUCACAAAAUACCCAUGAGAAGACAAAACCUGGCAAUACAGAUCAAAAUGCUAAAAUGGAAGCACAUAUUUGGGUGUUGAACAGUUGUACAGUGAAAGGUCCAGCAGAAGAUCACUUUCGUAAUGCGGUUCUAGAAGGUGUAAAACUUGGUAAAUGUGUAGUGGCAGCUGGUUGUGUACCGCAGAGUCGACCGGGUGCUGAUUAUUUAAAGGGUGUAAGUGUAAUCGGUGUACGUCAAAUUGAUCGAAUAGUUGAAGUUGUUGAAGAAACACUCCAAGGUAAUGUAGUACGUUUUCUGGAUAAAAAAUGGACCCCAUCAUCAUCUGAGUCGAAAGAAUCAACAAAUACUUCUGCUGCUGCUGGUGCUGCCUUAGAUUUGCCCAAGAUACGACGUAAUCCUCUGAUUGAAAUCCUCCCCAUCAGUACUGGCUGUUUAAAUUCAUGCACCUAUUGUAAAACAAAACAAGCCCGUGGUGUGUUAGCCAGUUAUCCAAUUGAACAAUUGUUGGAUCGUGUUAGACAAGCAUUUUCAGAAGGUGUCAAAGAAUUAUGGCUUACAUCAGAAGAUCUCGGUGCCUAUGGACGUGAUUUAGACCGGGCGAAUUCAUCAUUGAUUUGUCCAACACUUUCUGCGAAAUGGCCUCAUUUCAUUACAUUGGCUGAUCUGUUGGCCGUAUUAUCCCACUGA